GCGACGGAGUGGUGCAGCGACUGGAGCUCACGGCGGGGCCUCCUCCUCCUUCUCUCGGGAGCCUUGACGAUACCGUCUGCCUGGCCCGGCUCGUCGACAUCGCCGCCUCCUCGCCGCCGCAGCGCCUGGGGGAGGAGGAGGAGGAGAAAAAGCAGCCGAGCCGCCGCCGUUAGAGGUGUCCCCGGCUCCCGCUCGCCCCCCGGCCGUCGCCUCCGAGGUCGACCCUCCCGCCCGGUCUCCUCCCGCCUCCAGCACCCGCUAUCACCGCGAUGGGGCUCCUGGACUCGGAGCCGGGCAGUGUCCUGAACGUGAUGUCCACGGCGCUCAAUGACACGGUGGAGUUCUACCGCUGGACCUGGACCAUCGCAGAUAAACGUGUGGAAAAUUGGCCUCUGAUGCAGUCUCCAUUACCUACACUAAGUAUAAGUACCCUCUAUCUCCUCUUCGUUUGGCUGGGUCCAAAAUGGAUGAAGAACCGAGAACCUUUUCAGAUGCGUUUAGUGCUCAUUCUCUAUAAUUUUGGGAUGGUCUUGCUUAACUUUUUUAUCUUCAGAGAGUUAUUCAUGGGAUCAUAUAAUGCAGGAUAUAGCUAUAUUUGCCAAAGUGUGGAUUAUUCGGAUAAUGUUCAUGAAGUCAGGAUAGCUGCUGCUCUGUGGUGGUACUUUGUAUCAAAAGGAGUUGAAUAUUUGGACACGGUUUUUUUUAUCCUAAGGAAGAAAAAUAACCAAGUCUCUUUCCUUCAUGUAUAUCAUCACUGUACAAUGUUUACAUUGUGGUGGAUUGGAAUUAAGUGGGUGGCAGGAGGACAAGCAUUUUUUGGAGCCCAGCUGAAUUCUUUUAUCCAUGUGAUUAUGUACUCAUACUAUGGGUUAACUGCAUUUGGCCCAUGGAUUCAGAAGUAUCUCUGGUGGAAACGGUACUUGACCAUGUUGCAGCUGGUUCAGUUCCAUGUGACCAUUGGACACACAGCAUUGUCACUUUGGAAUGACUGCCCCUUCCCAAAGUGGAUGCACUGGGCUCUGAUUGUCUAUGCCAUCAGCUUCAUAUUUCUCUUUCUUAACUUCUAUUUUCGGACAUACAACGUGCCUAAGAAAUCAAAAACUGGAAAAACAGCUGUGAAUGGUAUUUCAGCAAAUGGUGUGAACAAAUCAGAAAAACAGCUAGUGAUAGAAAAUGGAAAAAAGCAGAAAAGUGGAAAAGCGAAAGGAGAGUAAAUUGAACUGGGCCUUAACUGUCGUUGACAGUGAGGAAACUCCCAUUUCAUACAAAAUUUCAGGGAAUACAAACAAAUGAGGGUUUCAGGGAAGGGAGAAAAGGCAAAUGUGCUCUCAGUACUAGUACCUUUAGAAUGAGUUAAGUGUUAAAUACAACAUCCAGAAGUUUUAUUUAUAAAAUUUUUAUUUUAAACAUUUUUUUUAUUAGCCUUGAUGUUGUCCAGACCAAAGUAAUCAUCAUGUCACUUUGGACACUCCCCUCUGUUCACAUCUGUUUGUCUAAUGGAUGAGAUUUUCCAUGUAUCUUAUAUAUAUCCAUUCUUCAGUCCAAAUUUUAGACGAUCACAGAAACAUAGUCUCUAAGGAAUUUUUUUGGCACAAUUACUAUCUACCUGUUGAUUACAAUCAGUUACAUAACAUUUUCUGGUCCAAAGCUGGAAAUGCAUGUACUUUUAAAUUUGCACAUUUGAAUUCAUUUGCUGACCGAAAUGGCUGACUCUCUCCACCUCUUGUCUGCAUAUACCCUAUUAAUUGUAAUUAAAAUUAAAAAAUCUGCUGAUCUCUGUAGACUCUUAGAGGUUUGAUGAUGAUGGUGUUGGUGAAAAUGAGAAGAAAUUAUAGUAAAAUCCUGUCUGGAGACCCCAAAGGUCACCAUGACUUGUGGCACAAAUCACUGUGGGAAACAAUUUUUGUGAUAGAAAGGUAGCCUUUGAAUACUCCUGUUACUAUCAGAAAUACAUAAUGAUAAGUAAGAUCAUUGUCUGAUGGGAACAUGAAACAACUCAUGUCUUCAUAGUAACAUCAUAAGAGAGUGACGUUUAUGUGCUGUUACAAGAGAGUAUGUUGAUUUUUAUCAGAUUUCCCUUGUUUUGAUUUGUGUCUGUUACCAAUUUUUCAUAUGUGGAAAUAUACCUACCUCUUCAGUUGGAAAGAACAUUUAAAAUUAAAUAAAUUUUAAUUUAAAAAGAAUCAAGGAGUCCGCUA